AGUACUUACUACAUCAACAAGACAAGAACAGUCACUCCCGUCAUUCAUUAGCGGCUCCGGCGAGAGUCGAACGAAGCAGCAUGGAAGACAACGAAGACUCCUCCAUUCUUCACCAGAUUCUAGAUCUCUUUUUCUCCGCCGGUUACGUUGAAGCCGUAAACUCUGACUCGCCGCCGUCUCACAAAAUCGCCCACGGCCUUUUCUGGUGCUUCGCCUCCCUGGACGCCUCUUAUUCCACCAUAACAGGUGGUGACAAUGCAGAGUUCAUUGAGGAAGCUCUGAGAUCAGUAGGAUGCCCGCACUAUCUUCGAUCCUCUCAUGUUCGAGAUCUUGAUACUGAAGCUAUUCUUCCUGUAGUGCAAUGGCUUACGCUACGUGUUCGAUCAACACAAGAACCUGGUGAGGUUCACUCUGAACAUGUUGUUCAAGGGGAUGAACAGUCACUGUGGGGGCUCGACAAGGAGUUAGAGAAAGCAGAAAUUUCCAUAAAGACAUUGACUGAAAACUUGGAUGAACUGAAACACAGGAAGACAAAUGUUUUGGAACAGUUAGAUCAUAUACGAAACCGAAUCAACAAGGAUGGUGCUGAUUCUCUGGUACAGAAGCUCAUAUCCUUAAUGACGUCUUUGAAGGAUCUUGAAAGGCAGGAAGACCACUUUCAGUCUAAUUGUGAUUCUGAACAUUCAGAACUUCUAGCUGAGAUCAAUGAAUUAGAGGCCAAAAUAGCAAAUGAUUGUGAUAGCAAGAGCCUCUCGGAUGGGCUACAUCAUUCUAUAAGUGAAUUACAUGAAAAAGUUCAUUUGGAGAAAAAGCAACUUGCUGCUAGGCUGAGGGAUAUUCUGGCAAUGAGACGACAGAUCGAUGACUUACCAUGCCAGUCAGAGAUCAACCAGUAUGAACGCCGGCUCUCAGAACUGUAUGCUCAAAUCCAGGGAAAACAUCGACAAACCCGUAAAUACUAUUGUACCUACAAUGCUCUUUUGGAAAUUAAAGAAUUGAUGCUAAAGGAAACAUCCUUAUUGAAUUCAAUCAUUUCACAGUUUCAAGAGGCCUUCAGUAGUAUGGAUGGUCGUGCAAAACUUGUUCAUUCCAUGGAAGGAAUUGUCAAGGGCAGUCAACAGAAGCUAGAUAAGGUUCAAUUAGGGCUUGAAGAAGAGGAGAGAGUACGUAAUGAUAUUAAGAAUAGGUAUGCUGCGGCUGUGGGUGAACAAAAACGUUGCUAUUCUCUGUUAAAGGCUUUUCAGGUAGAAUGCGCCAAGAAUGAGAGGUUUCGUAGUCAAAGUUGGGAGUAAGAGUUGAUUACAGCCUUGAAAUGUGAGUUUCCCAUAAUAGUGUAUCGCAGAUUCAGUCAUAGCAGAGUGAUUCCGUGUUCAGCCAAUAACUCUCAAUUGUAUAAAGCCGAUGGUUACUAGAAGGAAGUGUGUAUUGUGAUAGUGCUAUCUAGGAAAAGCUCCAACUAAGAAAAGACUCGGUUAUUAACUGGUCCAUUGUGACUCACCCCUCUGUCCUAAGAAUUUAUCAAGGUUGCAUACACUAUCCCGGUAAACAGUUAUGAUGUCAAGUUUUUCAAGUGCUAUGAAAUGUGAGAUAGAGAGGUUUGAUUGAAGAAUUAAUAUUGGCAUGUACAUAGCAAAUACAAACUAAGAAUGUUUUAAUACAAUCAUGAUUACAAAAGGCCUUGGAAGAGAAAAGUUUAGCAGGAUAAAUAAAAAUGCCAAUAAUUUGAUUUGAGAUAUGCAAAUGCAAUUAUUCAUCUGUGUUUGGCUAAGAAUGUUUUUUGGUCAAUGUGAAUAACAUGACAUGAGCCGAGACACUCUGGAAGAAACUCGAAGGCUUAUAUCAGACAAAAAGCAUCUUAAAUCAGUUGUCAUUUGUCAAUGAAUGGUCAAUUCAAUAACCUUUAUAUGAUGCUCUGAUAUAAAAGUCUUUGGUCAUCUUGGUAAAAGGAUGAAUUGCUACCAGUGGAUCCACAAUUGUUCACGAACAUUAGUUAGCAUUGGCGGAAGGUGUGAUGAGAUUAUGUCGAUGGACGAUGGCCGAUAAACUUUUGGGUAGAAUGAUAGAAUCAACAAAAAUGUUGUACCGUAAUUUUCUUGCAAGAAUUUUUUGGAGAUGUAAUAAAAACAAUUAUUUUACAGUCUAAUUUUAAGUGAAUAUAUGAUGGUUCUUUUGAAUUUUAGUUGUCGGUGGU